AUGUCUGAAUUCAAUACCACAUUUCAACCUUCUCUCUUCAUCCUCACUGGUCUCAGAGGGCUGGUGGGUGCCCGACUGUGGCUAGGACCACUCCUAAGUCUGAUGUACAUCACUACAAUGGCAGGGAACUGUACUGUAAUUUACUUAGUGAGGACUGAACUGAGUCUGCAGGAGCCCCAGUACCAUUUUUUGUCUAUGUUGGCUGGGGCUGACAUUGUAUUGUCUGUCUCCACACUUUGCUCUGUGUUAAAAGUCUUUAUCUUUGACCUCUAUGAAAUUGCAUUUGAUAGUUGCCUUGCUCAGCUCUUCUUCAUCCAUACAUCCUCUUCCAUGGGCUCAGGAAUUCUGUUGGCUAUGGCUUUUGACCGUUUUGUGGCCAUCAGUCACCCCCUACAAUACACCACAAUACUUACCAACUCACGAGUCAUCAAGAUGGGACUGGCUGCCUUUCUGAGGGGUGUAGCACUCAUGACUCCAUUGCCUAUUCUGCUCAAGAGGCUACCAUUCUGCAAGGGUCAGAUGCUGUCUUAUUCCUACUGUAUCCACCCAAAUGUCAUGAAACUAGCUUGUGGCCAAGUCAAAAUCAAUAUUUUCUAUGGGCUUGUUUUAGUUAUAUUUUCCUUUGGGGUAGACUUUCUGCUCAUAGCCAUUUCUUAUGCUCUGAUAUUUCAAGCAGUCAUGGGGAUUGCUUCCAGAGAAGGUCAGAUGAAGGCACUCAACACUUGUUUGUCUCAUAUAUUUAUUGUCUUUAUUUACUAUGGCCCUUUGUUGGCAAUAACAGUAAUGCAUCGAAUCAGCCACAGAAGUUCUCCAGUAGCACACGCAGUCCUAGGAAAUAUCUACCUCUUUAUGCCCCCAAUGCUCAACCCAAUUGUGUAUAGCCUGAAGACCAAGCAGAUUCGUUCUGCCCUGAGAAAGUCUUUGAAAAUCCAUAUAAGAUGA